GCUGUUGAAGUAAUUCAUGGUAGGGUGCUGCGUGGUGGGAUGUCGGGGCAUGGAGGGGCGCAUGCGGCGUACCGAUUACGGGGACGUCCCGAUCCUCGAGGAAGAUGGAGUGAUAAGCCUGGUGAUGUUAGAGAUUGUUGAUUGGAGAGUAAGUAAGGGGAACGAACAGGCAUGGUGAAGUGUAUGGAACAAUUGUCUGUGGUCCUCUUAGAGCCGGUCUAGAGGAUAGGAGGGGACGGAGAGGAGACGGAGCUGCCAGCGGGAGCAUGUCAUCACCCGCCGCCGCUGCCUGUCGCUGGGGAGAUUUUCCGGCCCGAACCUCUUUACGCGCUGUAACGCGUCGUGUUGACACCUCCUGUAGGCUACAGAGUUGCGCUUCUGAAUUAUCAACUCCGUACCAGGCCGAAUAUUUGACUCUGUUUCAGCAUGUCCGACUACGAAGAUUCAAUGGAUGUGGACGCGCCGUCCAAGGCGAUCCAGUUCAGCUCCGAUAACACGAGUGGAAAGGCGAAGAGAGUUGCGGCGGAUUUGCCUGUUGAAGCUCUGGAUAAUCUUCCUUGGGUCGAGAAAUACCGUCCCAACACUCUCGACGAUGUCUCCGGUCACCAGGAUAUUCUUGCUACGAUCAACAAAUUCGUCGAUGCUAAUCGACUACCACAUCUCCUCCUCUACGGACCCCCGGGAACGGGUAAAACCUCCACAAUCCUUGCGCUCGCACGGCGGAUAUACGGAAACAAGAAUAUGCGACAGAUGGUUCUGGAAUUGAACGCCAGUGACGAUCGCGGUAUUGAUGUCGUUCGCGAACAGAUCAAGACGUUUGCCAGCACAAAACAGAUCUUCUCCAUGGCCCCAUCGUCCGGCUCCGGGGGCUCCCUCGCAUCCUACAAACUGAUCGUGCUGGAUGAAGCCGACGCCAUGACGGCAACUGCACAGAUGGCUCUCCGCCGAAUCAUGGAGAAAUACACUGCCAACACGCGGUUCUGCAUCAUCGCCAACUACACACAUAAGCUGUCGCCGGCACUGCUGUCCCGAUGUACCCGGUUCCGGUUCAGUCCGUUGAAGGAGCAGGAUAUUCGGGUGUUGGUGGAUCAGGUGAUUGAAAAGGAGCAGGUGAACAUCCAGCCCGAGGCGGUGGAUAGUCUGGUCCGGUUGAGCAAGGGUGAUAUGCGUCGUGCGUUGAACGUACUACAAGCAUGCCAUGCGAGCAGUAUACCCCUUCCGAUGAAGAAUGCCCCGAAGGAUGAGCCCCGUCCGGAGUCGGAGGUUAUCACGAACGAAACGAUUUACGACUGUAUUGCUGCACCACAUCCGUCGGACAUUGAAGAGAUUAUGACGACGCUUCUUUCCACGAGUGAUGUCACCUCGUGCCUGAGCACCAUUAAUACGCUGAAGGCGAACAAGGGUCUAGCUUUGGCGGAUAUUCUGUCGGCGCUAGGUGAACAGCUGCAACGGCUGGAGGUGCCGGUGCAGACGAGAGUCACCUGGCUGGAGGGAUUGGCGGAGAUCGAGUGGCGGCUGUCGGGAGGAGGGUCCGAGACGAUGCAGACAGGAGGACUGGUGGGAGUGGUUCGGAAUGGGUGUGAGUUAAUGGGGAAAUAGGUGGAUAACAAAGAAACAUGUAAUCAGGCCAGAUACCUUAAUUCUGUCAUACAAAGCAUUUUAGAUUAACG